GCCUAUAUGAAUAUUGAGGGUGUUUUAGGUUUCAGAUCCAGGAAUUAGGCUAGCAGUCACGUGACCAGUGGUAACUUCUUUUCGCUGUCCACGUGAUAUUACAAACUUAUGUCUUCUUCAUAAUAUGUCACGGAAUAGAUCUUAAACUGUAGUUAGUCAGACGAAACUCUUGAGUGAUUCAGUGUCUCUCGGAAGACCAUGACUGAUUGAAACGAUCUCGUUGUGCAGACGGACUGAGCAAGAGUUUCUGGACAUUAUGCCAGUUGAAGAGGUCUGUGGUAGCGUUUCAGCAGAGGAUGAUGCUAAUCUGGGGUUGGAUGUUCCUUUCCUUUUAGAAGAGUGUGUAAAAGAGAAGGUGCCAUGGAAGGAGGUGUUAAAAAGGAAGGUGGUAAAAAAGUGUUCCUGUAGUCAUGCUCGAGUCAAAGCCUUGCUCGUAGACUCCAUUCCAAUCGUAAAAUGGCUGCCGCGAUAUCAGUUCAAAGACUGGAUCAUUGGGGAUGUCAUGUCUGGCCUUAUUGUUGCCAUCCUGUUGGUUCCCCAGUCCAUCGCUUAUUCUUUACUAGCAGAACAAGACCCUAUUUAUGGGCUCUAUACUUCCUUCUUUGCCAGCAUUAUCUACGCCCUGCUGGGAACUUCCAGACACAUCUCUGUUGGGAUGUUUGGGGUAUUGUGCCUUCUGGUGGGACAGGUGGUUGACAGAGAACUUACUCUGGCAGGAUACACAUCGGACACCAAUCAGACCAUCAUGGGAAAUUUGGACAACAGCACUGGUCUAAUCUGUGACCGAAGCUGCUAUGCAAUUAUGGUGGGAGCAACUCUAACUUUCACAGCAGGAGUUUACCAGGUGUUAAUGGGUCUCUUACAGGUUGGCUUUGUCUCAGUCUUCCUCUCCGACUCUCUGUUGAGCGGUUUCGCGACUGGCGCCUCUCUCACCAUCCUCACAUCCCAGAUGAAGUACUUUCUGGGGCUUCACCUUCCUCGUGUCCAAGGCUGGGGUUCGCUCAUAAAAACCUGGAUCAGUCUUCUGAAGAAUCUGGGUCAUACCAACAUAUGUGACCUCAUAACAAGCGGGAUCUGCUUGCUUGUACUUGUACCCACGAAAGAGCUCAACAACCGCUUCAAGGCUAAGCUCAAGGCCCCCAUUCCUUUUGAGCUCUUUGUGGUCAUUGCUGCUACUCUAGCUUCCCACUUUGGAAAGUUUAAGGAAAAUUAUGGCUCGGAUGUAGCUGGCAACAUUCCCACAGGCUUCAUGCCACCACAGCUUCCGAACUGGUCUCUCAUACCGAAUAUCGCUGUUGAUGCAUUCUCGAUUGCCAUCGUUGGUUUUGCCAUUACUGUGUCUCUGUCAGAGAUGUUUGCCAAGAAGCAUGGUUAUAUGGUGGACCCUAACCAGGAGAUGUAUGCCAUUGGGUUCUGUAAUAUUAUUCCUUCCUUCUUCCAUUGUUUCACGACCAGCGCCGCCUUGACCAAAACUCUUGUGAAGGAGUCCACAGGUUGCCAGACUCAGGUCUCGGGGUUGGUGACCGCUCUAGUGCUGCUGCUCGCCCUGCUUGUUAUUGCACCUCUCUUCUACUCCUUGCAGAAAUGUGUUCUGGCCGUCAUCAUAGUCGUCAACCUCCGUGGGGCACUGCGAAAGUUUGUGGACAUUCCCAAAAUGUGGCGUGUCAAUCGAGUGGACGCUAUAAUCUGGCUGGUUACCAUGUCUACGUCAGCCCUAGUGAACACUGAGCUAGGCCUUCUGGUUGGAGUUCUUCUCUCUGCCUUCUGUGUGCUAGGCCGAACCCAGUGUGCCCAAGUCCUUCAGCUGGGCCAAGCAGGGGAUCGUGAGCUCUUUGAGGACAUUGGGUUUUACAAGGGCCUUCAGACCCAACCAGAUGUGGCUGUUUUCCGAUACGAGGCUCCCAUCUACUACGCCAACCAAACUCUGUUUAAGAAGUCACUGUACCGCAGUGUAGGAUUGGAUCCACUUAAAGAGAAGGCCAGGCGCAGAAAACUAGAGAAGCAGAGGAAACAGAAACAAGAUGGAGAAGACCCCAAGCAAGAGAUUGAAGUGUCCACCAAUGUGUAUUUGCUAAAGCACACCAGUUUACAUGCAUUGGUCAUAGAUUGCAGUCCAGUGCUGUUUCUGGACACUGCUGGAGUUAAUGCUUUGAAAGAGGUAUGCAAGGACUACAAGGAGCUGGGAGUCAAUGUACUUUUGGCACAAUGCAACAUCUCCGUCAUUGAUUCUUUGCGUAGGGGAGGAUACUAUGACCCAAAGAAAGGAACCAAAGAAAUAAAAUUUCACACUGUUGGUGAUGCCAUCUCUUAUGCCCAAAGCUUGAAGUCAAAGAAUGGUGAUUGUGACACUGUUGUGUAAUAAUUUAUGUAUUGAUUUGUAAACAGUUGUCUUUAAUUUAAUGUUUGUCUGUUUUGGCCUUAAUAUGGAGAUUUAUAUGUAAAGGCACCCACACAGAUUGUGGACCCAAUUGACCCUUCGCAGGGAGCUUGAUUGACAGAUGAUCUGACCAAUCAUAUCUCACAAUCCGCCAUUUUGUCCGACAAAGCAGUCAGGAGAGUUAGUAGAUUAAUGUGGGAGGAUUUGAACAGUGUGUAUUGACGUCAGUUAAAACAACAUUCCUUCUUAUGUUCAUUCGAUGCUAUACAUUAACUAGAAGGAAGAGAUUAUCGGUUCACAAGCAGCUUUAACUGGUGCUCUACAGCGAUCUGUCACGACACAUUAAAGAGCCACGGUAUUUAUUCUUAAAUUUCUUUUAAAAAAUGUCCAAAUUUGAACGUAACUGAAAAGUAAACUGGUCUGUCAGCAUGUUGUCAAUCUCCUCUCUGCUCUGCGAUGUAUUCUUCACUGCGUGUGGUGCGAGAGUGGCGUAGCUUGUGGGACAUAGCGACAGUAACUAAGAGAGGCGGGUCUUUGCGAACGGUCAAUUCUCCCCUUCCUACUAUUCUAGGUUAAAAUCCCGAUUAUCUUGAUGAUUCUACAGAUUAUCUUAUCAGGUUUUCCUGUGGAGUGAGGUGUUAAGAGUGAAUGAAUCUGGUCAGAAGAACAUCGGGACCGCACUGAUCUCAAAUCGUAAAUGUCCAUCAUGUUGAAUAUUCAUAAUCAGAAAUCCUUGUUGUGGACAAACGUGCGCGCAACUCUGUAGAUUGUUACGUGGAACUAAACAAUGCCAAAUCAGAAAAUGAGUCGACGUAAGCAUAUCACAACUUCAUCCAACGUUUUUUUUCUUUUUUUUUUCUGCAAAAAAGCAGUCCAAACACUUUUAUUGCCAUUUCUUCUUGCCCGUUGUCCACCAUGUUUGUUUAUUCCAAGGUCACGUUUGACCGUGAGAGAUCUUGCGAGGUUUCCUGUUUUCACAGUAGAUGAAUAGUGGUUAUUUGACAAAACUCUUAAAUCUAUGUUUUUUUGUUUUUGUUUUUUUUUUUCACCAUUUUUGUGGACUAUGAAAAUCUGUUCUGAUUUUGUGGGCGAGCCUUAAAUGAUUCCAGAAUUAAUUUAACUAAAGGGAUAGUUCAACCAAAAAGGACAGUUCUGUCAUCAUUUAUUGUUGUGAUCUUCUGUGGAACAUAAAAGAUGAACAGUGAACAGUGAUUUUGACCACAGUGAAUAAUAAUUAUUAUUAUUAUUUUAUCGAGUGAAUGCCAGGGUCCAAAAAAGCAUGCUUCGUUUUAAAAUAAUAUUUAAAAAGAAUUCAGGUUAUACACUUUAGUGUUGACCUUUUUUAAGAACUAUUUCUUUAAGGUUCUGAAAAUGGAUAGACAAUCAUCUGUCCACAUCUUUCACCAAAAAGUGGUAUUUAAAAAAAAUAUACAUGUGCUGUGCCUUUUAAGUUUAUUAGCUCAAACUUUGUUAAAUGUAGGUCAUUGUGUAUCUCAUGGCAUUUGUCUUAAAAUUAUGCAUUUAAACAUUUUUUUAGCACAUUUAGCUUAAUUUAAAUAGCUAAAGUUCAGUUAGGGCGUGACCUUUCUUCAUUAAUAUAAAUGGUUUAUGCUAGACAAGCUCUUGCUCGUAUAUUUAUCUCCUUCUAAUCUAUUUUUGAUGAUGCAGUCAGAAUUAUGUGAUGUAUAAUCUCAUUUUUGACCUUUAUCCAGCUUAAUGGGUACUUGUGCAGGUUUAAAAGACCAUUAAGCUUGAAUGUGCUGGUUUAAAAGACCAUAAAGCUUGGAUAUAUAUACCGACCAAUUGUCUGGGUGAUUGCAAGUUGAACUUUUACACCCAGUCACCAGAUGUUUACCUCAAUUGCAGAAGAACCAGAUGCUGUGCCUUGUCACUGUGAUUGUGCAGCCACAGUAGUUUUUGAUAAUCCUUCCUUUUUUAAGCCUUUGCUGAAGAGGCCAAAUAUUGUUUGGGAAUUCGCUUUGACUCAGCUUUUGUUCUGUGUAGGGACUAAAGAGGACUUGGAUAGAGCGUUUUAAUGGCAUCAUGUCUGACCUGUUGAACAGGUCUGAAGGAGCUUGAGACAGCCAGAUCCAAUGAUACCGUGUGUUAAGUUCAGGGAACUGACACAAUCUGUCCUCCUACUGGCUGAAUUACAACCGGGUAUGAAUACAGAUUAUCCUUCUUAAAUGCUGGAGCCUUUGCAAAUUAUGUCAUUGAUCGAAUUCUAGCACAAAUAGAAAUACUGUUGAAUUGUGUAUUUAAACCUUUUAAUGCAAACUGGGAACCAGUUAUGAAGGUCUAAGCUUACGCAUGGCCUAUGGUGAUACUUUAUUUAUUGAAACAUUUCUAAUGGUUUUAAGUUAAUGCUUUUUAGAUUCUUUUAGUUUCUGUCCUUUAUAAUUACUGCAUCAGCUCAGAGUAUUUACAUAAUUGUUACAGAUGUAUUUUAUGUUCUUAAAAUAUCUCUAU